AUGAACAGACCCCAAACAAACCCUGGCCAAUUCUUAGCUCCUUUUCUCGACCCUGGGAUCUUUUCUCGAGAAACGGUAUCUGUACAUACGUACGGAGUACGGAGCACCACACCAUCACCAGCAGGAAAUACGCCGGGUGGCUGGCGUGGAGAACGUGCUAAACCCAAUUCUGCCUGUUUUUCUCCUCGGUCCUCUUCGACAGUCAAUCGGCUCCUCUCUAUAGACUCCCAUGCAAAUGCCUGCCUGUGGAUUAUCGCAAGAGAGGUCCCAUGGUGUUGUACCUGGGACCCCGGGCCUCCUUUAUUUUGUGCCGUACGGAAUACCACGGAUACUUCAAUGUGGAUUUGCGAAUAG